AUAACGAUGGCACAGAUAGAUCAGUCUGAGAACCCUGGAGUGCCGUCUGAGGUCGACAGUUACCACAGCCUCUUUCCCCUGGAACCCCUUCCUCCACCAAACCGUCUUCAGAAAACCAGCAACUUCAGUUACAUCACUUCCUGUUACAAGGCAGUCAACAGCAAAGAUGACCUGCCUUACUGCCUCAGGAGGAUACAUGGCUUCAGGCUGGUCAACACCAAGUGUAUGAUGCUGGUAGACAUGUGGAAGAAGAUUCAGCACUCCAAUACUGUGACCCUCAGAGAGGUCUUCACCACCAAAGCAUUCGGAGACCACUCACUGGUAUUCUCCUAUGACUUCCAUGCGGCGGAGACCUUGUUCAGCAGGCACUUCAACGAUCCGGCAGCAGAUUCUUACUUCACAAAGAGAAAGUGGGGGCAGCAUGAGCUCCCUCCUCCACGGCAGCAUGCGGGCCUGUUACCAGAGUCGCUCAUUUGGGCCUACAUUGUCCAGCUGAGCUCAGCACUGCGCACCAUUCACACGGCUGGGCUGGCCUGCAGGGUCAUGGACCCUAGUAAGAUCCUCAUCACUGGAAAGACACGGUUGCGAGUCAACUGUGUAGGAAUGUUUGAUGUCUUAACAUUUGACAGUAGUCAGACCAACCACCUGGCGCUGAUGCCCCAGUACCAGCAAGCAGAUCUCAUCUCCCUGGGGAAGGUGGUGUUGGCUCUGGCGUGUAACUCUCUAGCUGGCAUUAAGAGAGAGAAUCUGCAGAAGGCCAUGGAGCUGGUGUCAAUCAACUACUCUUCUGACCUCAAGAACCUCAUUCUGUACCUGCUUUCAGAACAAAGCCGUCUGCGCAGCGUCAAUGACAUUAUGCCCAUGAUUGGAGCACGAUUUUACACUCAACUUGAUGCCUCGCAGAUGAGAAAUGAUGUCAUUGAGGAGGACCUAGCCAAGGAGGUUCAAAAUGGGCGAUUGUUCCGCCUGCUGGCAAAACUGGGAACGAUUAACGAGAGACCAGAGUUCCAGAAGGACCCAACGUGGUCUGAGACUGGUGACCGUUACCUGCUGAAGCUCUUCAGAGAUCACCUGUUCCACCAGGUGACUGAGGCAGGCACACCCUGGAUCGACCUCAGCCACAUCGUGUCCUGUCUCAAUAAGUUGGAUGCUGGAGCACCGGAGAAGAUCAGUCUGGUGUCACGGGAUGAGAAGAGCGUGCUCGUGGUGACUUACUCAGACCUGAAGCGCUGCUUUGAGAGCACCUUCCAGGAACUGCUUGCUGCCACGAACGGCCCCCUGUAACCCCCAGCCAUCCACGAGAGUGGGCUGGAACUGCCUGAAACAGAGCACAUUGCACUACAGCCUGGAAUCAUAGGUGCAGAAUGAUGAUCUCAUGACCAGGGCGGAGCCAGCUGGUUGCUCACCUCCAGUCAGAUACACUGUUCUGUCCAGAGAAAGUUGUUUUCUAAAGCUUAUUUUUUUAGUUUUCACAACAACAACGCAGCUGCAGAAUUAUGAACUGAACUGAGAGCUGUGAUGAUGAAUUCUUUUUUCUUUCUUUUUUAGACUUGGGAACAAUGUCCAAAAAAUAAGAGACUUUACUUCUGCUUUUAUUUUUAAUUUUGUAUUUUUUCUUUGGAGGAUGCACUAAACAUUUUAAGUUCCUUUUUAAGUGAUUGUGCGUGUCCCACAGGGUGCGAUGAGGGCCUCACACAUUAAAUUGAAGAAAAACAGAGCGCCGGUUUUUCCACAUCAUCCGUGCGCGUUUUUAAUGAGGUACUACCAAUUGGGACAGACCACUGGUCAUGUGUUCAGAGUCCUCGACUCUGAUGGGACAAAGCCCUGGGUUGGGCAAACUGAUGAGUCUGACCACUUUUGAAUGUGUGGCGUUAGUAGUAAUGUGUCGCCACUCCUCGUCUGCUGUAUCGACUCAUUUAAAAGUUGGCCAACUUGGAGGCGGGAGGGGAAGUUACUGGUUGCGUGCCGACAAAGGGGUGCUCUCUCCUCUUGCUGUAUAAACUUGUCAUUUAUUUCAGAAUUUCUCAACAUCCUUUUUCAUUUUACGGAUGAUUUUUGAAAUUGGAUUUUGAGAGGAUGGAUUUUUGUUGUUGUUUGUUUUUUUAGUCAGGCUCUUGUGAUAGGAACCAAAGAACUGGACCACGCUAGCAAGUGAAACCAGUUUAGUCUCAUUGUGGAAUGUCCUCUUAUGCCUCUGUUGUGGAGCAUCCCAAGUUUCUGUCCAUUUCGUCAUUCUUUUUCCCAAUUCGUUCUCAUUUUCCGCUCUCCACGCUAGUUUUGGUUAUAGAGCUCUCUUGUGUUGUUACUGUCGUUCCCUUUCCUCACCAAGUUGUUGUACAGAGAUGCAUGAUGGGAUGUUUCUCACUGUGGACCAGUCCCAGCAGGACGGUUGGGAUUGUAUUGGUUUCUCUUGGCUUCGUUUUUGUUUAACUAUGAUUUGAUCUAUGAAUUAUGUGACAACAUCCAGAAAACAGUUUGGAAUUCGCUCAGGUUGAUAUCCCUGACAGGAAUAUGCCAAUGACUGAAUGUGUCUGACCUGUCAUUGGUGACUGCCCAAUCCGUGAGUCGAGGAACAGGUGGGUUUGCAGCACAGAUUUGGGUGUGCCACACUGGACCGAGAGAGUGCAGGAUACAGCAGGCAGAGCUGAGGAUGCUGGGAGUUCAAUAAUGUACUUUUUUUUCCCGUCGUUUUGUUUUAGUCAACUGAUACUUGGUGGACAUGGUGCCAAGCCUGUAUCCCUCACCGAAUCUCACACAUACACAUUAAUACACCUUUUACAGGCCGAUCUCAUAUCAUGAAUCCAGUUUCUAGAGAAACACUCCAGACACACACAUACACAUGAACUCAUACAUGAAAUCCUCCUUCACCAUCCCAGUACGUUUUAUGCCCUUCUUGUGUUUGUCACAUUUUUGCAAUAUUUGUGUGUACAGCAGUAUUUUAAUAAAGAGUAAUAAAAGAGAA